GACUGCUGGGGUCACCGCGGUGCAUCUUCCCGGUUCCCAGAGAAUACCCUCGCAAGCUUCGAAGCGGCCAUCCGCGACGGCGCAGAAGGCAUUGAGAGUGACGUCCAUGUAUCAGCGGAUAGCGUUGUCAUCAUGUUCCAUGAUCCAGCUCUAGAUAGGACGACAAAUUCGACAGGUCGAAUCAAGGAGCGCACUUGGUAUGGAGACGCUGGGAUGCAGCACGUUCGGACCAUCAAGGAGCCCAAACAGGCCAUCCCCACUUUUGCAGAGACGGUGGAAUUGCUGAUGAAGCCCGAGAACAAGCACGUCAAGUUCAACGUUGACGUCAAGGUCCAGAACGAUCCAGAGAGGCUCUUCUCCCUGAUGCACGAAGUCAUCUCCGCACAACCUGCCUGGCAGACCGACCUUGCCCCGCGUAUCCUUUUAGGACUUUGGCAUCCCCGCUUCCUCCAGUUUGCAAAGUCAUGUUUGCCAUAUUGUCGCAGGUCGCAUAUUGGCGUGAGCACUGACAUUGCUCGCAAGUACUUUUGGAAAGAUUGCGAGGCGUUCUCGAUGUCUUUUGGAGCGUUGACGACGUAUGAUGGUCAGAAGUUCAGGCAGGAGUGUAAGAACGCCGGGAAGAAUUUGGUCGUGUGGACCGUCAAUGAACCUGAGCACAUGAUGGAGGCAGUGAGAUGGGAAGUUCACGCCAUUAUUACGGACGUUACACAAACAUGGCUGGACAUGCGG